GAGAGUCGAGUCAAGAAGAAUGCUCCAAAUAGAAGACUGUUGAAAAGCUUACAAACAUUUCCAGAUUUCUUUUCCAAAUCAUAUCGUAAGGUCCGAUAUCAUGAUACUUAAAUAAACCUCCAAUGGCUUUUGUCCACGAACUAAACAUUUUCCACCUUUUUCACCUACACACAUUGACUUCAUUCUCAAAAGUCCAUACAAGCCAACAAGAUGGGCAAAAAAAUCCCCUUCGAUUCAAACACAGACAUCCCCGAUCUCUCUGGUAAAGUCAUAAUAGUCACAGGAGGAAACAGCGGCCUCGGCAAAGAAACCGUCCUCCAACUCGCCAAACACAAUCCCCACUUACUCUACAUGGGCGCUCGCUCCAAAGCCAAAGCAGAGGAAGCAAUCGCCGAAAUCAAAACCACAGUUCCCAACGCCAACAUCAAAUUCCUUGAAAUAGACAUCUCCUCCCUCUCGUCCGUGAAGCGUGGAGCCGAUGCCUUCCUCGCAGAAAAUGACCGCCUAGAUAUCCUGGUCAACAAUGCAGGUGUCAUGGGCCUCCCUCCCGGGCUAACCGAAGAUGGGUAUGAGUCUCAAUUCGGCACGAAUCAUAUGGGUCCUGCACUGUUCACGAAGCUCCUCCUUCCCACUCUACAAAAGACCUCGCUCUCUCCCAACGCAGAUGUGCGGAUCGUCAAUAUCAGUUCGGAAGCCCUGAAGUUCGGUCCUCCCACUGGCCUCGUGCUCGCACAAAACAAAACAUCACUCGCUUCUCUUAGCGGCGCACAGCGUUACGGGCAAUCAAAACUCGCAAAUCUGUAUUUCUCACAAAUUCUAGCUAAGAAGUAUCCGAAUAUUAAGACGAAUGCUAUUCACCCCGGCAUGGUCAGGACAGGUAUCACCACUAACACUACGAAUAACUAUUGGUAUCUUUCUUGGGUUUUUGCCAUUGGGUUCAAGAUGUUCUUGUUGAAUAUACACGAUGGGGCGAAGCCGCAAUUGUUUGCUGCGACGGGGAAGAAGGAGGUCGUGAAGAGUGGUGCCUUUUAUUUCCCUGGUGUGUCAGAGUGGGACGGGAAUGCGAUAACGAAGAAUUCGAAGUUGGCUGAUGAACUGUGGAACUGGACAGAAGCGGAGUUGAAGAGUAAGGGAUAUUAAAAUGCUGUUGUAAUAUGAUUGUAACAUAUGUUUUAAAUCGGCGCUUGAGAUUAUAUAUCGGUUAAUCUCCUGACUACGUCUACUGGAGGUUGGUGUUGUUUGAAAUGAGUUUUGACAUUGCGAAUCAAGACUGUUUUGAUAAAGGAAGGUCUUAGAAGUUAGCUUUUAUAACUCACAUUCAUUAAAACAAGUUUUUUAUAUCACA